AUGAAACGUUCAUUAUCAGAAACAAAAAGAAUUGAUAAUUCUAAUAAGAAAGAGGAUGUUGAUGUAUAUGCUUUUACCGAUGAUCAAGAUAUUAAUAAAGCAAAAAAACAUUGUUUAACAAAGUCAUCUAUACCUAAUAAUAAUCCUAGAAUGGAUAAUCCAUUUCAAUUUAUGAAAAAUUCAAAAAAUCGUGUAAUGUUUAAACAUACAUUUAAUGGUUCUGAUGCCGUUAUACUUUCAAAUAAUGACAUAUGUUUGAAGAAAAAAAAUUGCGACAAUAAUACAACGACAACAAGAAAUUUUAUGGAGAAGAGUUAUGGUGACUCCUCAACAAUUAUUCAAGGGCGCAGUCCACAGAGAGUAAAAGAAAAUGGUGAAAUGUCUGACCAUAAGAAUGAUGUUUAUUAUGUCGUACAAGGAUUAAGAGAUACAUCUAUUAAUGUUAAAAUAUUAAGUGGUGCACAUUUAGCUAGAAAAUGUAUAGAACCUAAAUUUAGACAUUUUUGUAGAAUACAAGAUGUUUUUGAUUUAUUUUUAAAACAUACAAAAGAUUUAAUUGAAACUUCUCCAUCAAUGGCUUUAGUUAUAUCAACAGUACUUUAUUUAUUGUCUCGUGAUAAAGAACAAUUUCCUUAUAGUGAUAGAGCCGGUGAAGCAAUUCUUCAAUUAGUUAAAAUAAAUAAUAAUAUUGAUGAUGAAGAGUAUAAUAAAACAAAAGAAAAAAUUAAAGUUAUUCUUGAUAAGUGGUUUGAAAAUACUAAUACAAAUUCAAGUAAGCAAAUAAAAUUUCAAUUAACAGAUGAUAUGUUACAUCCUAAAAAUCUUGCACUUGAAGCAUUAGUAUUUAUAUGUAUAUCAAAUGGUAAUUCAAAAUUCAGAGAUACUAUCAAAUCUAAUGGUACUUUAGAAUGGAUUAUAGAUGAAUUUGGAAGGAUUAUUGAUGAAUUAUUAAAUAUUCUUGUUACAUUAACAGAAGAAAAUGAAAUAUCUUCUGCCAUCCUUGGGAAGACAGAUGGUUUUCUUAAAAAAUUAUGUGAAGUUAUCUUUUGUUGGGGACCACAAAAUAUUAGUGAAAAAUAUAAAUUUUCAAUAACAAUCGCCUGUUCCGGAUGUUUAGCUAAUGUUAUUGAGUCAUGUGGAAGGAAUCGUAAAAUUAUUCUUAAUGAAAAAUGUAAUUAUUUUGAUGAUGAGAUAAAUGAUAUUCAGGAAAACACCAUUCUUGUUUCAUUUGCUAAACAUUUUAAAUAUUGGGAAUCUAAGAUUACACUUAUUGAUGAAGAUAUGGAUAAUAUGUUAGAUAUUGAGAAUGAUCUUGAUGAUGAUGAUACACCAAUAUCUGAUGAAGAAAAGUCAAAAGAUGGUAAAAGUGAUAUUCAGGGACGUAGUGAAAUGAUAAAACUUAGAAUGGAACAAAAAGAAAAAGAUUGUGAUGCAUUAUUUACAGAAGCAGCUGAUAAAUAUGCAACAUCACAUAUGGAAGCUAAUUUGAUCGCAUCAUUUUCAGCUAUUAAUUUAGGUUUAUUAUUACAAGAUAAUGAAGAAUUGGCAGAAGAAGUUCGCAAGUAUCUACCAAAUGAAAAUUUCGCACCAAUGAUUAACUUGUUACAACGUUAUCUUGAAUUUACGUCACACAUUAAUCAAAGUAAUUCUAAUGCUUGCUCAAAAGCUAUAAAUCAAAUAAUUGAAAAUCUUGGAAAUUUUGAUAGUCUUAGAUAG